AUGUGGUUGUCGGUUAUCUUAUGUACAAGACAAUUCAUUUCUAAAUUGUGUAUCACUAAGGGAAAUUACACUUCCAGACACAACAGAGUAGCACCAAGUAAUCUUAUAAAAAUCGGCGACGGUUGUUUUUCAGAGUGUGUGUCACUUAAAAAUGUCUUUUUCAAUCAAAAUUUGAAGGUAAUUGGUGGCUUUGCGUUUUACAAUUGCACAGGUUUGACUGCUAUAAAACUCCCUAAAAACAUCACGUUUAUUGGGAAAAGUUGUUUUAGUGGGUGUAUUUGGAUAAAAAGUGUUGUGCUCAACAGAAAGUGUCAGUCUUUUAAAUUUAUCUGGUGGACAAAAAUAGCUUUAAUUUUGUCUAAAAAUCGGGCAUUAGGUAAAUGUUAA